CAGUGAGAGAAAGUUGGUCGCGGCGAGCGAACGAGUCGCGAGUCGAGCGCCGCGCCACGCGCUACGCACGCACGCUCCGCGCCGCACGCUCCCGCCCUUGGACUUUACAUGUUGUCAUGAGCUGAAAUGUCCAUCUGAAGGACCGUUUCCGCAUUUACGUGCAUGAAUGAAUAAUGUGUGAAAACUUUGUAUAAUAGUUUUGUCGUUAGUUGUAAUAUACGAAGCGGUUUCUGGACUUGUAAAUAGAGACCGGUCGGUAUUGUAAGGACGAUGCAGUGCUAUCCGAAACUGUCUCCGAAACGGGAGCCGAUGGACACGGGGUACGAGGGCGAGCUGACGCCGCGGCGCCUGGAGCUGCCGGCGCCGCCGGGCAAGGAGUUUCGCGCGCCGGUGCUGCUGGCGCCCCCGCACCACUCCGUCAUCCAGUGCAUGCGGCCGCCGCCGCCACCACCGCCGCCGCGUCUCCACAAACCACCAUCCUUCGAGGAACCUUCCAGCUCCAUUCCAGAUCUAGAAUUCGAUGGUACCACAGUACUGUGCCGCGUCUGCGGCGACAAAGCCAGCGGAUUCCACUACGGCGUGCAUUCCUGUGAGGGCUGCAAGGGCUUCUUCCGGCGCUCCAUCCAACAAAAGAUCCAGUACAGGCCCUGCACCAAAAACCAACAGUGCUCCAUCCUUAGAAUUAACAGAAAUCGGUGCCAGUAUUGCCGAUUGAAGAAAUGCAUAGCCGUUGGCAUGAGCAGAGAUGCCGUGCGAUUCGGUCGCGUGCCAAAGCGCGAGAAAGCGCGAAUACUAGCCGCGAUGCAGCAGUCAUCGUCGUCGCGCGCGCAGGAGCAGGCGGCAGCCGCGGAGCUGGACGAUGCCCCGCGGCUGCUGGCCCGCGUGGUGCGCGCGCACCUCGACACCUGCGAAUUCACCCGGGACCGCGUCGCUGCGAUGCGCGCACGCGCCCGGGAAUGUCCCACCUAUUCACAACCCACUCUGGCGUGCCCACUAAACCCAGCGCCAGAGUUGCAAUCGGAGAAAGAGUUCUCCCAGAGAUUUGCGCACGUGAUCCGUGGCGUGAUCGACUUCGCCGGCCUCAUCCCCGGCUUCCAGCUGCUCACGCAGGACGACAAGUUCACGCUGCUCAAGAGCGGACUCUUCGACGCGUUGUUCGUGCGACUCAUCUGCAUGUUCGAUGCGCCGCUCAAUAGCAUAAUCUGCCUAAAUGGACAGCUCAUGAAACGUGAUUCUAUUCAAAGUGGUGCCAAUGCACGGUUUCUCGUCGACUCUACUUUCAAGUUCGCCGAGCGCAUGAACUCUAUGAACCUUACGGAUGCCGAGAUCGGCCUCUUCUGCGCCAUAGUACUCAUCACUCCGGACCGCCCUGGCCUCCGCAACAUCGAGCUCGUGGAGCGCAUGCACGCGCGGCUCAAGUCCUGCCUGCAGACGGUGGUCGCACAGAACAGGCCCGACAGACCCGGCUUCCUGCGGGAGCUGAUGGACACGCUACCAGACUUGCGUACCCUGAGCACGCUGCAUACUGAGAAGCUGGUCGUGUUCCGCACCGAGCACAAGGAACUGCUCAGGCAGCAGAUGUGGGGCGACGAGGACGGCAGUCUGUGGGCAGAUUCCGGCGCGGAUGAGUCGGCGCGCAGCCCCAUCGGAUCAGUGUCGUCUAGCGAGUCCGGCGAGGCCGGCGCCGACUGCGGCACGCCCCUGCUGGCCGCCACGCUGGCCGGCCGCCGCCGCCUCGACUCGCGCGGCUCCGUCGACGAGGAGGCGCUCGGCGUCGCGCACCUCGCGCACAACGGCCUCACAGUCACGCCCGUGCGCCCCCCGCCACGCUACCGCAAGCUCGACUCGCCCACUGACUCCGGCAUCGAGUCGGGCAACGAGAAGCACGAAAGAAUAGUUGGCCCCGGCUCGGGCUGCUCCAGCCCGCGCUCCUCCCUCGAGGAACACUCGGAGGACCGGCGGCCGCUCGCGCCCGCCGACGACAUGCCUGUGCUCAAGCGCGUCCUACAGGCGCCACCUCUAUACGACGCGUCAUCUCUAAUGGACGAGGCGUACAAGCCGCACAAGAAGUUCCGCGCAAUGCGACGUGACACGUGCGAGGCGGAGGCGCGGCCGCUGCGACCGCCGUCACCACAGCCCCCGCAGCAGCACCCGCACCCCGCUAGCCCCGCGCACCCUGCGCACCUCGCGCACUCGCCGCGGCCGCAGCGCGUGUCGCUGUCGUCCACGCACUCAGUGCUGGCCAAGAGCCUGAUGGAGGGCCCGCGCAUGACGCCCGAGCAGCUGAAGCGCACCGACAUCAUCCAAAAGUACAUGCGGCGAGGCGAACCGGCGGGCGAGUGCCCCCUGCGAGCGGGCGCGGGCUCCGUGUCCGGCGCGAGCGUCCUGGCGUGCUACCGCGGCGCGUCGCCCGCGCCCUCCGUGCUGGCGCUCCAGGUGGACGUGGCCGACGCGGACGCGCCGCAGCCGCUCAACCUCUCCAAGAAGUCGCCGUCGCCGCCGCGCUCCUACAUGCCGCCCAUGUUGGAGGCGUGAGGCCGGCCCGCGGAGCCACACGUCUCCGCCACCCCACCCCGACCUACUUUAAAUUAAAUAAACUAGUAAAUAAUCGUUCGCAGAUCGUUUUAAUAUAUUAUAUGUGAUAAUUCGUUUAGGACGCGUGCGUGCGUGGCCGGUGCGGGUCGAGGAGAGCGCCAAUAGACUGAUAAA